UCUUUUGCUUAGGUAAGAAAUACAAACUUUGUAGACGGACUUUAUGAUGUCUGUUCAACAAGGACCCUUCAUCGAGCCCCGCAGUAUCUUGCAUUAAGAAUUUCUCCAAUUUUGUUUCGGUUUCUUGGUCCACGGGUGUUUUUUGUUUUUCUUUUUUCGUAACGUCUUUCGGUUUGGUAAACUUAGUCAGUCCUACUCUUAUAUAAAAAAAAAAUCUAAAAAGCAUGCAAAAGAAGCGAAUUUGCUUUAGCCAUGUCCAUGUCCUGCGCUUCAAAUGUUCGAUGAAAAGUCUUAACCAAUACCGUAACUUUCUUCCACCCCUAAAACAAAUAUUAUUAGUAUAUAUAUGUAUAUUUUGUCAACUUUUUUCCCUUUUUUUUCGUAUUGACUCCAAUGCCGGCUUACUUACCAAGACCAGUUUCAUUCAUCAAAAGACAACCUUUGUUCUCCAAAACAUUUCAGACGCAGGGUUUCAGAAAUUUGGAGAAGGUUGAAGGAUUUGAUGGCUGUGAAUUCUGUAGCUAUGCUGGGAAACUUUGGCUUUCAAUUGGGUUUGGGAGGUUUUUCGUCCAAAUCAUCUGAGCUAAGUAAACGGGUGUCGUUUGGUUCCCUUCCUGGUUCAUCUGGUACUUUAGCUUUCCAUGGUAGUGGGGCAAAGCCGUUUAAGCCAAAGAAAGAACAUCAGCAGGCUUCUAGUCAGGACGAGCAUAAUGUUUCAAAGACAUUGCAUAAGGAUUUGAUCUUUAUCCCAAGAUCAAUAACUGAAUCUGUUUUGUCUAUUUAUCCCAAGGAUGAUCCCAAUGUACGAAUAGCAUUUAAGGGCUUGCCAGGAUGUUACAGUGAGGAUGCUGCACUCAAAAUCUACCCAAAAUGUCAAUCCGUUCCUUGCGAUGAGUUUGAAAAUACGUUUAAGGCUGUUGAAUUAUGGCUGGCUGAUAAGGCAAUUCUUCCUAUUGAGAAUUCGGCUGCUGGAAGCAUCCACCGGAACUAUGAUUUACUACUCCGUCAUAGGCUUCACAUUGUCGGUGAAGUGCAGUUGGCUGCCAAUCUCUGCCUUCUAGCACUGCCAGGAAUUAGAGAAGAACAGUUAAGACGAGUUCUAAGCCAUCGUCAGGCACUUGCCUCAAGUGAUGCUUUUCUAAGUAAGUUAGGCACAGCCCAAGAAGAUGUUGAUGAUACAGCUGGUGCAGCUCAGUACGUAGCAUUGGAAGGUUUGAGGGAUGCUGGUGCAAUUGCUAGUGCUAGAGCUGCAGAAAUGUAUGGGCUUAACAUACUUGCAGAAAGAAUCCAGGAUGAUGCUGAAAAUAUUAUUCGUUUUCUCGUGCUUGCGAGGGAUCCAAUUAUUCCCAAACUUGAUAAGCUAUACAAAACAAGCAUUGUGCUUACUUUACACGAAGGCCCUGGAAUUUUGUUUAAAGCAUUGGCUGUAUUUGCUCUAAGGGAGAUUAAUUUGAUAAAGAUUGAAAGCCGACCUCAAAAAAAGCAGCCAUUAAGAGUGGUUGACGACUCCAACAUGGGGCAAGCUAAGUACUUUGAUUACCUUUUCUACAUUGAUUUUGAGGCAUCUAUGGCAGAACCACGUGCACAGAGUGCUUUAGAGCAGUUGCAGGAACUUGCAACUUAUCUUCGGGUACUUGGUUGCUAUGCCAUGGAUACAACUCUAUAGCCAACUAUAUCUGCAUUUCUCCUCCAUGUGCUUAACCUUAUCAUGUGGGAGGAAGAGAAUAUGGCCAAUCAUUUCAUGAAGUGAUCUCUGAUCUCAUACAAGAAAAAGCUUGCCUAGUUUCCACAAUUUCAAACCAAUCCUCAUGCCAUUCGGGUCUUUUCAAGGUGAGUUUCAGAGUAGAACUUGUUUAAAUCAUGACAUGGUUACGAAAUGUGAUGCUCUCUUCUCCUUGCGCUUGCUGGUCUCUAAAGGCAUGGUUGGUUGGUUGGUUGGGUUUGUGGCUCAUGGGCAAACCAAGACAUUAUUCUGUGCUGACUUCGAGAGAAAACUCGUCUUUUAUAUCAUUUAUCAUUUUCAUAAAGAACAUAUAUCAGCUCAUAAACUCUUCACUUGGGUAACAAACAAGAUACAACUAAACUAUAACUUGUUUUUCAAUAUCUAAAUGUAUAGUGCUAUUUACUACUUGUU